AUUAGUCGCUUUAUUGCUUAAAUAAGCCUCUUCAUUAACCCCAUUAACCUCAACCAUCAUUAACCUCUUAAUGACACAGUAAAUGUCUGUGUUCGUGUAUCGGUGUUGUCGCGGUCAUCGUUGAGUGUGUGUUAUACAUUUAUAAUGAAAGUGAGACCACAUGGUCACGCAAGGCUGCUCAAAUGUCCCCGGAAAUCUGAAUGGCAUUUAUGUAACGCUGGCUUCCAGUUUAUUACCCUAACAGCGACACGCUUUCAUAGCUACAUUAAUAUUUGUAUACAUUUUAUUUCUACAGAAGAAAUGUCUUCCGCCACGAACGACGGUUUUGCCCGUUUAAACCAAUUCAAAAACAAGGGGAAAGACGCAACCGAACUGAGACGAAGGAGGAUGGAGGUAAAUGUCGAACUGAGGAAGGCGAAGAAAGAUGAGCAGAUGUUGAAACGAAGAAAUGUCGGUUCUUUCCCGGUAGAUGCGUCUUCACCGUAUCAAGACCAAAAUCAAAACGCACAGUCCUCUCAGCAUUGGAGUGUAGAGGACAUCGUCAGCGGUGUAAACAGCCAAAGUCUGGAUCAGCAGUUGCAGGCAACACAGGCCGCACGCAAGUUGCUGUCCAGAGAAAAGCACCCCCCUAUUGAUCUGAUUGUGGAGGCCGGUCUGAUCUCCCAGCUGGUGAGAUUCCUCGCUCUGUCCGAGUGCCCGCCUAUCCAGUUCGAGGCAGCCUGGGCCCUCACCAACAUCGCCUCGGGUACGACGGAUCAGACGCGCGCUGUGGUGGAGGCGGGCGCCAUCCCUGCCUUCGUCUGCCUCGUCGCUUCUCCUCAUCCUCACGUCAGCGAGCAAGCCAUCUGGGCGCUGGGGAACAUUGCCGGUGACGGCUCUACGUACAGGGACAAAGUCAUCAAACACGGAGCCGUCGGGCCCCUACUCGCGCUGCUAUCUGUUCCCAACCUGUCCGUGUAUGCUACCAGUUACCUGAGGAACGUCACGUGGACGCUGUCCAACCUGUGUCGGAACAAGAAUCCUGCGCCUCCUCUGGCUGCCGUGCAGCAUAUGCUACCCGGUCUGCUGCGGCUCCUCCACCACGACGACCCGGAGGCGCUGGCCGACGCCUGCUGGGCCGUGUCCUACCUGACGGACGGCCCGAACGAGCGCAUCGAGGUGGUGACCCGGGCGGGCCUGGUGCCGCGCCUCACUCAGCUGCUCGCCUCGACCGACAUCGCUGUCCUGACUCCGACGCUGCGGGCUGUGGGCAACAUCGUGACGGGCACGGACGAGCAGACGCAGGGCGUCUUGAACGCGGGCGCGCUCGCCUUCUUCCCGGGCCUGCUCACGCACCGCAGGAGCGGCAUCCAGAAGGAGGCGGCGUGGACGCUCUCCAACAUCACUGCCGGAAAAGACUCGCAGAUCCAGGAGGUGAUCGGCGCAGGCCUGGUGCCUCUGCUCAUCAAUGUCCUGCAGCAGGGCGACUUUAAGACCCAGAAAGAGGCUGUGUGGGCCAUCACCAACUACACCAGUGGAGGAUCGGUGCAACAGGUGGCAUACCUGGUCCAGUCCGGAGUCCUCAGCCCGCUCCUCAACCUGCUCUCGGCCAAAGAUAGCAAGACCGUCCUGGUUGUGAUGGACGCCAUUCUGAACAUUUUCAUGGCGGCAGAUAAACUGGGCGAGACGGAGAAGCUGUGUCUGAUGGUGGAAGGCUGCGGUGGGCUGGACAGGAUCGAGGCGCUCCAGACCCACGAGAACGAGAUGAUCUACAAAGCAGCGCUCAAUCUGAUCGAGAAGUACUUCUCAGGGGAGGAAGAAAACGAUGCAUCCGUUGCUCCCGAAGCAGCAGCUGACGGUUACACCUUCCAAAUUCAAAACAACCAAAGCACUUUCAGUUUCUGAGACACUCCAGUAAUAUCCUGUUCCUCCAUGUCUGUACAUUGACUUUUUAUACCCAUUUAACAUUUUUCAGUUGUGUACCUAAAAAUGCUAAUUCAUCUUUUUUACUUCAAGACUUGUAAAUAAACUGUUUCUUGUGAAAGUG